AUGGAGGUGUCACAUCGAAGUUACGUAUUGUACAGUUUGAUAAUGGUGGUGGUUCUCACCAAAACCGGAAAAAGUUAUUUGACCGAGAAUUUCUAUGCGAAAACAUGUCCAAUGGUAGAAACGUUAGUUAAAAAGGAAGUGGAUAAGAAGGUUAACCAGGAGUUUGCGGUUAUUGCAGAUACUCUUCGUCUGUUUUUCCACGACUGCUUUGUUGAGGGAUGUGAUGCUUCCAUUAUGAUCGAAUCAAAGAAGGGAGACGUUGAGAAGAAUGCGUCAGAUAAUCUUUCGCUUGAUGAUGAUGGAAUCGAUUUAGUUAUGAAGGCUAAAAAGGCAGUUGAGUCUGUUUGUCCUGGUGUUGUUUCGUGUGCGGACAUUUUAGUCAUUGCCACUCGAGAUUGCGUAGCCCGGGCCGGAGGGCCUUGGUACAAUGUGGAUUUAGGCCGGCGAGACGGACUUAUUUCAAAGGCAUCACGGGUCACUGGAAACAUCCCAAAACCAACCUUCAAUCUCAAUCAAAUUAAAAAAAUAUUUGCAAAGAAAAACCUUUCUGAGUGUGACAUGAUCGCUCUAUCCGGGGCCCACACAGUCGGUGUUUCUCGGUGCAAAAGCUUUGCCAACCGUUUGCACUCACGGGUCGACCCAUUACUGAAUCCAACCUAUGCAAAACAAUUGAUGGCUACUUGCCCUAAAAAUGCUAAUUCCACUAUCACUGUGGAUAUGGAUCCCAAUACUCCAAACAUUUUCGAUAAUGUUUAUUAUAAGAAUCUAAUGGUAGGCAAGGGUUUGUUUACAUCGGAUGUUGUUCUUUACACGGAUUUAUCAUCCAGAAAAGUUGUUAAAAAGUUUGCUAAUAAUCGAGAUGAUUUUAAUGCGGCGUUUAUAACUGCGAUGAGGAAACUUGGUAGGGUUGGGGUCAAAAUUGGUAAUCAAGGUGAAAUAAGAAGGGAUUGCACAGCUUUUAAUUGA